AUCUGCGCCCGUCCUUUGUUUAGAGACGUCAAUUGCACGAUAUACAUCACUAUACGUAGCAGGGAAAGUCAUUACAUCCUCUAAAUUCUUCUAUGACCCCAUAGCAGCCAAUCACCACCCGUCUCGAUAUCGGGCCUCGGUUCUCCGGUCUGACUCUGCGUGCGGCCUCCAUAAUGUACCAUUCAUAACUCAUACCCUCUGCUUAACCCCCCUCAAACCGCAAUGUCUUCCGACACAGGAACAGAAGAUCUGAUCUCCCACCUAAAGUCCGUCCUUCUCGGGCUAAAUGCUCACCCCUACCCCGAGGUCGCCUGCCCACCUGGACUCCCGAAACGCGCGUCCGUAGCCCUGAUCCUCCGCAUACAGCCCGGUUACGCACACUGGCCCGCCGUACAGGAUAAACCGUUUCCGCUUCAUCAUCCCGCUCCGCAUCCACGCAGCCCUACACAGCCACGUCGCCGCUCAUCGGUGGCUUCGCAUCCGCCUCACAAGCUCUCAUUCAAAGACAUAUUAGAUACGUUUUUUGAGCAGGACUGGGUGAAACAUGGAGAUCCGGAGUUGCUGUUCAUAAAGAGGGCGACAAGGGUAGGGGACAAGUGGAAUGGCCAUGUGGCCCUCCCAGGAGGGAAGCGGGACCCGGAGGACGAGGAUGACCAGGUCACUGCUAUGAGGGAGUCGCUCGAGGAGGUGGGCAUUGAUCUUAGCUAUGCGAAUGCGAUAGCUGUGGGGAAUUUGCCGCAGAGGAUUGUUACAACUAGCUGGGGAAAGGUACCAUUAAUGGUACUCUGCCCCUACGUCUACCUCCUAACCUCACCCCUAUACCCGGCCCAAAAACUCCAGCCCACCGAAGUAGCCAGUACGCACUGGGUGUCCCUCCGUGCCCUCCAAUCCCCCGCGCUCCGCACAUACGAAUACGCCGACGUAUCCGCGCGCCUCGCCCGCUCCGAGCUAGGCAUAAAGCGCUGGUUUCUUCAAGCCAUGCUUAGCAAGAUGAUGUUCGCCGCCAUCCGCCUAGUACCCUCGAACUCCACAUACUGCGCCUCGAUCCCAGGCUUCGUACCGGAAGGAGACACGCCGGACAGCGGUGUGCUGGGAACGAUUAGGGAGGCGCUUAUGGGACCCGAAGCAGGGUAUCACAAAAGACAAGCCCCGUUGCUGUUGUGGGGAUUAACCCUUGGUGUGGUGUCGGAUUUCCUGGAGCAUAUUCCACCGCAUAAUGCGCUCGAGCUAUGGACGUAUCCCACAUUUACGAACUGGGAUGUCCGGUUCGUCAUGUGGGCUAUGUCGUACCGCUUCCGGAAGCAGAAAUCGCUAGAAAUGAGCACGGUAGCUCAAACCAGCACUACCGGUAUCGUCGAAGAAGGCGUCGAUGCCGCUGAAAUGCCAAAACAGGAUCUUUCUGGGGCCAAGGAAGACGAAGAAAAACCUGGCGAAGUAGGCAUCGCAGGCCUAGGAGUAGGCUGCAACUGGGGAAAGACAGGCCGUGCAAAGAUGGUAGCCAGAGGCGCAGCUGUGAACUCCAUGCUGGAAGGCUACUAUCCCAUCGUGCGGAAAGCGGUGGCCACGGCCUUAGUAGGUCGCAUCUCCGUCGUUGCACUUCUCGCGGCGUUUAUAUGGAACAAGUAUAGACCGAGGGCAUCACCCCCUUAGUUGUUGUAAUAUAGAAUAGUUUUUUCUUUCAUACGUCGACAUGAUCUGAUAUGGAGGUCUGUUUCUCGCUGGGAAACCGCUCCGCUGCAGCCCAUAGCCAUGUAGCUCCCCCGCCGACUCACCAGGUAAUAGGACUCCAAGUCUCCCCAGACA